CUCGGCAUGUCUGUACAAGAGGAGUGAGAGGACGCUAGGAUCCCGGGAUAUGGGGGCCGUUGUUAUUGUGCAGGCUUUCCAGGGUGAGGACAGUCACAUCCAUUUGGAAGGUGUUCAAUUCCAGCACAUGGGCCAAGCAUUCCAGCAGCAACUGAGCGCACUGACCGUUGCCGGGGAUGCCCGUAUGACUGAUUCUUACAUUUGCGGUUGCUCUGUGUGGGAUUCCUUUGGUCGGGGACUCAGUCUGUCAAGGACCUCAGAGCUAAGAGUGGACAAUAAUGUUUUCUAUAACAUUUUAGGUCAUGGGAUUCUACUGGGAGGGUGGUUGGAACAGGGGAAUAGAGUCAGGCACAACACAGUGAUUGGACUUUCUGGAACUGAUGGACUUUCCAACAUAGAAACGUUAUCACCAGCAGGGAUCUACAUCAGGGCUCCUGCUAACCAGAUAGAG